AUGAAUCAAGUUAAACGACAAUUAACUGUUGAUCAAUCACCAACAGAAGAAACAAAAAAAUUAAGAAAUGAAUUUGAUGUGUCAAUAACUUGUUUUGAAAAUUUGUCUAAUGAAAUUUUUUGUGAAAUAUUUGAUGAUAUGAAUGGUUUGUAUAUAUAUCAAGCAUUUUCAAAUCUUAAUUAUCGUUUUCAACAACUGAUCAGUUCUUCGUUGGUUCGAUUCAAAAUUUAUUCAUAUCCAUCAUUAGAUAAGUUAAAUACGAAUAUUUAUCAACAACUUGUACUCAAUCAUAAACAUCAAAUUAUUUCCAUCGAUACGUCUCUACCAUAUUUGAAUAGUUAUUUAUUUCUAAAUAUUUUUAAUAUUGAUUCAUCAUUCGAACGUCUCGAAUCACUUAUUAUCAAAAAUAUUGAAGGAGACCUUCUAAUUUCAGUUCUUAUUAAUUUAAUUUCUUUAUCUCGUCUAUUUUCAUUAACGAUUCAACUAAAUAAUAAAGUCGUAAAUCUAAAUCAUGUCUAUCAAUUAAUAUUCGUUUUACCCGCAUUAAAAUAUAAUAAAUUGACUAUAGGUGGAGAUGAACAUCUAAUAUUACUCUCGAUGGCAACCAAUAAACAACUGAGUACUAUUGAAUGUCUCAUUAUUGAGAAUCAUUUGACUUUCAAUGAACUUUUUACUAUUAUAUCUUAUACACCUAAACUUUACCGUCUUCAUUUUCAUCAUACAUAUAAAAGAGAUAAAAGUAUUAAAAGAAUGUUACCAAUGACAUUAUCAAAUUUAACAUAUCUUUCGAUAUGCAUAUCUGUAAAAUUUAAUCAUUUUGAAAUAUUUAUUAGAAAAAUACAUUCAAAAUUAAAAUAUUUAUCUGUUAAUAUUUCAUCGAAAGAUAUUACUUUUCUCGAUGCUUAUCGAUGGGAAGAACUAAUUUUACAAAAUUUACCUCAAUUAGAAAAACUAUCUUUUCAAUACUUUGAUAGGAUUAAUGAUGAAUAUGAAUAUCCAAGCAAAUUAAAUCAGUUUUGUUCAUCAUUUUGGAUGAAACGAAAAUGGGUAUUUGGUGUUGAAAUUGUCGAUGAUUAUAUUGUUUAUUUCAUUCAUCCAUACAAAAAAAGAUGGUAUGAAUAUGUCGAUGAGAAAAUUAUCAAUUGUUCUACUGAUCUUUUCAAAUUCAAUCCACUGAUUCUGAAUACAACAUCUUGGGAUGUAUUCAGUGAAUCAAUAAAUAUGAAAAUUCAGCGUAGUUUAACUUUAGUACAAAUUUAUCAUUUGUCAAUUCCUGAAGUAGAUGUUAUUGUUAAUGAAUUACUUCAAAUUCUCGAUGCAUUACCAGAUCUUAUUUCAAUAAAAAUUUUUUCAUUAUCAUUAGCUCAACCAAAGGAUUUAUACAAAACGAGAUUUGAUGUUUCUUAUUCAACUAAAAAAACAAAUAAAAUUACCAAAUUUUGUCUCGAUAGUAUCACUGAUAUGGAAGAAGUUUAUGUUGUAAUGAAACUUUGUCCAUAUAUUGUAUAUCUCAAAAUAGAUUGGAUUACUGAUAUAAAUGAAGAAUUAUUUGUAGAAGAUUUUUUCAAGAAAAUCAAUGAAGAAUUUAAUAAUCAACUUCGUUUAUUAUGUUUUAAUAUUGAAGCCGCUGAUGAUAAAACGAUCGAAAAAUUAGAAAGAUUGAUUCAUUUGAAAAAACUUUGUCUUGAUUAUACAAUUAAACGUGAAGUUGAUCAUAUUUUUUUGCAAUGGAAAUGA